CUUAAUGUUCCGGAUAUCAAAUGUCAAGUGUUUCAUCCUUAAAUUGUCCAAGAUCUAAGAAUAGCAAAUGUGCUUUUAUUUUUACUUUAUCUGUUAAUCACCCUUGAACUUGCGUACAGACAGCCGUUGCAGUAGAAAUUCGUCAUCACAUAUUUAUUAGAAGUGGAAAUUCGUUAUCAAUAGAAGUAGCACAUUCAAAAUGAGGGAAAUAGUUCAUAUACAAGCAGGGCAGUGUGGUAAUCAAAUCGGUUCCAAGGUCUGCUUCAUUUGUUCGAGCUUCGGAAUAAGCCGUGUUAACCAUAUCACGUUACCGGCUAAAAAGCGGCUAAAAGCAAACGAGUGAAACCGGCUGAAAAAGAAGAUUGCGACAGUGUUCUGGGAAGUCAUUUCAGACGAGCAUGGCAUAGAUGCAACUGGAGAAUAUCAUGGCGACUCUGAUCUACAACUUGAGAGAAUUAGUGUUUACUUCAGCGAAGCAAGUGGAAACAGAUAUGUUCCUAGAGCAGUUCUUGUUGAUUUGGAACCUGGUACCAUGGACUCUGUGCGGUCGGGUCCUUUUGGGCAACUAUUUAGACCGGACAACUUCGUAUUUGGUCAGUCUGGUGCCGGAAAUAACUGGGCCAAAGGUCACUACACGGAAGGAGCCGAACUGGUAGAUAAUGUUGUGGAUGUAGUCAGAAGAGAGGUGGAAACAUGCGACUGCCUACAAGGUUUCCAGUUGACACAUUCUCUGGGUGGAGGAACAGGAUCUGGCAUGGGAACACUGUUGAUCAAUAAAGUCCGGGAAGAAUACCCAGACAGGAUUAUGAUCACAUUCUCCGUAAUGCCAUCUCCAAAGGUUUCAGACACCGUUGUUGAGCCAUACAAUGCAACCUUAUCUGUUCAUCAGCUUGUUGAAAACACAGACGAGACUUUCUGCAUCGACAAUGAAGCUCUCUACGACAUCUGUUUCAGAACAUUGAAGUUGACCACACCCACAUAUGGAGAUUUGAAUCACCUUGUUUCCGCUGCAAUGUCAGGCAUAACAACAUGUCUUAGAUUUCCCGGACAACUGAAUGCAGAUUUGAGGAAACUAGCCGUCAACAUGGUUCCAUUUCCUCGUCUCCAUUUCUUCAUGCCAGGAUUUGUACCGUUAACAUCACGUGGUAGUCAACAGUAUCGUGCACUUUCUGUACCGGAACUGACACAACAGAUGUUUGAUGCUAAGAACAUGAUGACGGCGUGUGACCCUCGCCAUGGAAGAUAUUUGACCGUUGCUUGUAUUUUUAGAGGAAGAAUGUCAAUGAAAGAGGUUGACGAGCAAAUGCUAAAUAUCCAAAACAAAAACAGUUCAUAUUUUGUAGAAUGGAUUCCUAAUAAUGUCAAAACGGCUGUUUGUGACAUUCCACCAAGAGGCUUGAAAAUGUCGGCCACUUUUAUAGGUAACAGUACAGCAAUUCAAGAAAUAUUCAAGCGAAUCUCUGAGCAGUUUACAGCUAUGUUUCGCCGUAAAGCUUUUCUUCAUUGGUAUACUGGUGAAGGGAUGGAUGAGAUGGAAUUUACAGAGGCGGAGUCGAAUAUGAACGACUUGGUUUCUGAAUACCAACAGUAUCAGGAUGCAACUUCAGAAGAACAGGACUUUGACGAGGGAGAGGAAGAGGAAGAGGAAGAAAUGUAACAUUAAAAAAAAAUCUGACUUUUGUGCAAAGUAUUGAUUAAACAAGAUUAAAUUACCUUUAUACAUAAGGCAAAUAUAACAUAA